GCAAUGCUCCGACGCGCAGAGUUUCAUUUUCGAGAAGUGGGUACUGCUGCAACUGCCGUUCCAACCCGUUCUUCUAAAUCAGUGGCUCGUGGCCGUGCUCUACGAAUCGUUAUCCAUCGAGCUGGAGUUGAUGGACUUCUACAGCUUCCAAUUUCCAGAGUCGUGCAAAACAGCUGUGGACAAACUGGAUUUCAUGUGGGUCGAUUUAAACGAACACUUGGGACACUGUUUCGACUUACUGCAACACCUCGUGGACAGAGACAUAAACUACGCACUACAAGAACUCGACUCGAUCACGGAAAAUAUUAAAUCGAUGCUCUCAAUCCUGGACUUUUGGUUCACGAAUGGAAAAGGCGUGAUUAGAGCUCUUAAGAAGAUGUGUUGGGCUGGUGAAGACACCAAAAGCGCAUUGGCAGCAAAGAGAAAGAGUGUGUCGCCGCUGAGCAACAGGAAUUUCGUCUACAACCCAGAGUGGUGGACACAGACAGAAAAUCGCUCGAGCAAACUAUUUGGAAGCUCCUCUGAAGACGUUUUGCACCGAUAUCCAUAUCUCCAGAUUGAGAAUCGUACGGAAACAGAAAGGGCAAAACUGUAUGGACAACUUUUCUGCAAGUUUCCUUUAGUGGUGGACACUGAUACGGUUGAAACAUAUUUUGAAGGUGUUUCGUUGGACAAUGAAUUUUGGAAUGAGCUGAAGGAAACGUCAAACUUUGAAUGCUUGCUCGACAUUGAUGAAUGGCAACACGAAUCCGGUAUUUUGGGAGCAGUGUUAGCCAUGAGGAGCAGAGCCACAUUCAUGGAGGCUGCGCUUAAGAUUCCAGGGCACUUGAGCAAAGUUACAAAGAAAUCGCCAAUGGAGUUUUUCGACAUCAACUUUGCAAACGCAAAAAGUGAUUUAAAACUAUCAGAAAUAAUUCAAAUUCUCGACAACGUGGUGCCAUCAGAAAAGUUUUCCUUAUUCCACAUGCUGGAUCAAUUGGAAGAAUCUACCAAACAGCGCUUGGAACCAAGAUUAGUGCUGAAUAUUUUUACCGACCUCAAGGUUGUGGCCGAAAUCCUGGAGGCCAAAAUUCGAUACACGGUACUCAAACACAUAUCUUACUGCUACAAAGGUCUAGACCACGACGAGGGAGAGCUACAUGACUUUAAAGAUUGGUGUUUGGUGCAGUACUUGCUGCCUUGCUUUGUGGCCUCUCUGCUCGACCUCUGGGAAAACGAAUCGGCGAAGGAGGGUGUGAAGAUAUGGUACCUGAAGUUUGUGUACGGCCUCAUCGAGCUGUAUGAAGCCGAUACACCUGUAACCACCAACCAUACGAUCAUGCAAGCCAACAUAACAUAUUUUCCUCUCAUUUGCUCAUACCUCGAAAGGAACAGUGCGUUGUUGCAAAUCUUCUGCAGAAAGGUUUCCGAUUUUGUUACAACUGAGAUGCGCCGCGGCAACGGCAAGUUCAAUCACUAUGAACAUUUCUCGCUCUACGCCCUCGUGGAAGGCGUGAAAUGCAAGAACCACUGUUACCAUAUUGAGCUCCACGAUAGCGUCGCUCUUUGGAAAUUUUUAGUGUUAGAUUUUUUCAUGAAAGUCGAAAAAACCGUGCUGGGCAUCCCGACUGCAAAGCUGGUGCUUAACCCUCCCCUCACCCCAUUGGAGAAGGAUAAAGAAAUGCUCGACUUGAUUAGAGUCAUCGCCUUCAAGAACGUAAAUUCGGUAGAUUUACAUUGUGUGGAUUUCAUGCAGGAAAAUUCCAGCAUGACCGACCUGUUGCACACCACGAUUGUGAAUUUUUACAAGAGACAUAUGACACAAGACGAUGUGCAAUGUAAGCAGCGUUUACUGGGACACCUCACAGAGAAAAUUAAAUCUGAAGCUAGCUCCCUCACUUCUAGUAACAUUUUCGGCAUCAUCUUUCACAUUGUCAUGCGGUACUCAGAAAUGCACGGCCGAAAUUACGGAAAUUUUUUGAGAAAUUUACCAAUUCAGGAGCAAUCUGCUCAAACGAUAUUUCGAACGACGGAUAUCGCGUACCUAGACUUCCUCCAGUCGGAUGACAUGCCAAUUCUCAAAAAGAUUGUUUCCGACCUGCUCGGGUCUGAAUUCAGAUCUGUGUACAGUCUAGCCAAAAUUUUUUGGAAUGAUAUUUACUACUUAGCCUUUAACGAUGUCGACGAGGAGACAACAAAAUUGAAAAGUUACACUCCAAGUGAGUUUUGGCACUUCCCUUUGCAUCACUGCUGGACGUGCGGAACGGUUUCAUUAGAAUCUAAAGGAUUCGUCGAGGUGAAGGACUCUGCUGGCAAAAGUGUCAUCUACUGCUCAAUUGAGUGCAAAGAAAAGGUCGAGCAUUGAAAUUUCCACAUGCCUGCUAUUUUAGAUGUGUAUGGAACAGACUCAAUAUAUUUAAUUUUAGAGCACUUUUAUCUCGAAUGAC